AUGGCCACGGGCCAGAACAUCAAGGUCGUCGUGCGCGUGCGCCCGCUGGCCGCCAACGAGGGCGACGAGGCCGUCUGCCGCACCUACGCCGCGGGCGCCGACGCCUUCGACCGCUGCGUGACCGUCGAGGGCGUCAAGGACGACAGCGAGUCGACGAACUUCGAGUUCGCCCGGGCCCUCGACGCCGCGGCGACGCAGGGCGAGGUCUACGCGGCGACGACCGCGGACCUCGUCGAGCGCGUCGUCGGCGGUCGGAACGCGACGGUGCUCGCGUACGGGCAGACGGGCUCCGGGAAGACGUUCACGGUGCAGGGCGGCGACGACGAGGCCGAGGGCCUGAUGCCCCGCUGCGUCGACGACGUCUUCGCGCGCGUCGCCGCGCUGGGCGCCGGCCGCGAGGCGCGCGUGACGUGCACGUACCUCGAGAUCUACAACGAGCAGGUCCGCGACCUCUUCGGCGACGACGUCGAGAAGCAGCUCCAGGUGCGCACGGCCCGCGACGGGUCGACGCUCGUCGCCGGGCUCACGGAGAUCCCGCUCGAGUCGGCCCAGGACGCGCGCGACUGCCUCGCCGUCGGCGCGGAGCGCCGCCAGUCGGCGGCGACGUCGAUGAACGACCAGAGCAGCCGGUCCCACGCGGUCUUCGAGCUCAAGGUCGCCGUCCGCGAGGGCGGGUCGGCGACGACGCGGGUGGGCCGCUUUUUGCUCGUGGACCUCGCCGGCUCCGAGUCCGCGGGGCGGACGGGCAUCGAGGGCGCCGGCGGCGCGCGGCGCCUCGAGGCGCAGUCCAUCAACCAGAGCCUGCUGGCCCUGGGCCAGGUCAUCACGGCGCUGAGCGGCGGCGAGAAGCACGUGCCCUUCCGCGACAGCAAGCUCACGCGGCUCCUCCAGGACUCGCUCGGCGGCUCCGCGGCGACGGUCCUCGUCGCGUGCGUCGGGCCUUCCCCGAAAUCCCGCGACGAGUCGCUGUCGACGCUGCGCUACGCGGACCGCGCGGGCCGCAUCGACAACGUC